CGCCGCCGCUACCGCUAGCCUGUAAGGAGGAUUCGGCAGAGGGAAGAAACAACAGCCGCCAUCUUGUUUGUGUGCUAGGCUCGGGGGGAGAGAGGGCGAGAGGGAGCGGGCGAGAGUGGGCAAGCGGGACGCCGAGCUGAGUGCGAACUGCGGGAGCCAGAGAGUGCGGAGGGGAGCCGGGACGGAGAGAGGCGGCUGGGGCCGAGACAGUGGCAGGGGGCCCGGGGCGCACGGGUUGAGGCGACCCCUAGCCCCCUCCCGUCCGCACACACCCCCACCGCGGCCCCGGAGUCGGGCCGGCGUCGACGCCUAGGGGGGACCAUUACAUAACCCCGCGCCCCGCGGCGCCUUCGCCCGCCGAGGCGGGCGGCCCCGAGCGGAGCCCCGGGGGGGCGGGCUCUCCCAGCUCCUGGCCGCCGGCGGUGGGGACCGUAGCGGCGGCCGUAUUUAUUUAUUUUCCGCGGGAGAGGAGGGCGAAGGAGAGGAGCGCCGGCGCGAGGAGGGGCCGCCUGCGCCGCCGCCGGAGCGGGGCCUCCUCGGUGGGCUUGGCGUCGGCGCGGGCGGGCGGCGCUGCUCGGCCCGGCCCCCUCGGUCCGCUGGGCCGGCCAGCUCCGCGCCAGGCGUCCUUGCCGCGCCUCCGCCGGCCGCCGCGCGAUGUGAGGCGGCGGCGCCAGCCUGGCUCUCGGCUCGGGCGAGCUCUCUGCGGCCAUUAGGGGCCAGUGCGGCGGCGGCGCGGAGCGCGGCGGCAGGAGAAGGGUUCGGAGGGUGGGGGCGCAGGCCCGGGAGGGGGCACCGGGAGGAGGUGAGUGUCUCUCGUCGCCUCCUCCUCUCCCCCCUUUUCGCCCCCGCCUCCUUGUGGCGAUGAGAAGGAGGAGGACAGCGCCGAGGAGGAAGAGGCUGAUGGCGGCGGCGGAGCUCCGAGAGACCUCGGCUGGGCAGGGGCCGGCCGUGGCGGGCCGGGGACUGCGCCUCUAGAGCUGCGAGUUCUCGGGAAUUCGCCGCAGCAGACGCGCUCGGCGAAUUUGUGUUCCUGUGCCCUCCUCCGGGCUUGGGCCCAGGCCCGGCCCCUAGCACUUGCCCCUACCUUUUCUAUCGAGUCCGCAUCCCUCUCCAGCCACUGCGACCCGGCGAAGAGAAAAAGGAACUUCCCCCACCCCCUCGGGUGCCGUCGGAGCCCCCCUAGCCCACCCCUGGGUGCGGGGCGGGGACCCCGGGCCGAAGAAGAGAUUUCCUGAGGAUUCUGGUUUUCCUCGCCUGUAUCUCCGAAAGAAUUAAAAAUGGCCGAGAAUGUGGUGGAACCGGGGCCGCCUUCAGCCAAGCGGCCUAAACUCUCAUCUCCGGCCCUCUCGGCGUCGGCCAGCGAUGGCACAGAUUUUGGCUCUCUCUUUGACUUGGAGCACGACUUGCCAGAUGAAUUAAUCAACUCAACAGAGUUGGGACUAACCAAUGGUGGUGAUAUUAAUCAGCUUCAGACAAGUCUUGGCAUAGUACAAGAUGCAGCUUCUAAACAUAAACAGCUAUCAGAAUUGCUGCGAUCUGGUAGUUCGCCUAACCUCAAUAUGGGAGUUGGUGGCCCAGGUCAAGUCAUGGCCAGCCAGGCCCAACAGAACAGUCCUGGAUUAGGUUUGAUAAAUAGCAUGGUCAAAAGCCCAAUGACACAGGCAGGCUUGACUUCUCCCAACAUGGGAAUGGGCACUAGUGGACCAAAUCAGGGUCCUACGCAGUCAACAGGUAUGAUGAACAGUCCAGUAAAUCAGCCUGCCAUGGGAAUGAACACAGGGAUGAAUGCUGGCAUGAAUCCUGGAAUGUUGGCUGCAGGCAAUGGACAAGGGAUAAUGCCUAAUCAAGUCAUGAACGGUUCAAUUGGAGCAGGCCGAGGGCGACAGAAUAUGCAGUACCCAAACCCAGGCAUGGGAAGUGCUGGCAACUUACUGACUGAGCCUCUUCAGCAGGGCUCUCCCCAGAUGGGAGGACAAACAGGAUUGAGAGGCCCCCAGCCUCUUAAGGUGGGAAUGAUGAACAAUCCCAAUCCUUAUGGUUCACCAUAUACUCAGAAUCCUGGACAGCAGAUUGGAGCCAGUGGCCUUGGUCUCCAGAUUCAAACAAAGACUGUACUAUCAAAUAACUUACCUCCAUUUGCUAUGGACAAAAAGACAGUUCCCGGUGGAGGAAUGCCCAACAUGGGCCAACAGCCAGCCUCGCAGGUCCAGCAGCCAGGCCUGGUGACUCCAGUUGCCCAAGGGAUGGGUUCUGGAGCACAUACAGCUGAUCCAGAGAAGCGCAAGCUCAUCCAGCAGCAACUUGUUCUCCUUUUGCAUGCUCACAAGUGCCAGCGCCGAGAGCAAGCCAAUGGGGAAGUGAGGCAGUGCAACCUUCCCCACUGUCGCACAAUGAAGAAUGUCCUAAACCACAUGACACACUGUCAGUCAGGCAAGUCUUGCCAAGUGGCACACUGUGCAUCUUCUCGACAAAUCAUUUCACACUGGAAGAAUUGUACAAGACAUGAUUGUCCUGUGUGUCUCCCCCUCAAAAAUGCUGGUGAUAAGAGAAAUCAACAGCCAAUUUUGACUGGAGCACCUGUUGGACUUGGAAAUCCUAGCUCUCUAGGGGUGGGUCAACAGUCUACCCCCAACCUAAGUACUGUUAGUCAGAUUGAUCCCAGCUCUAUAGAAAGAGCCUAUGCAGCUCUUGGACUACCCUAUCAAGUAAAUCAGAUGCCAACGCAACCCCAGGUGCAAGCAAAGAACCAGCAGAAUCAGCAAUCUGGGCAGUCUCCCCAAGGCAUGCGGCCUAUGAGCAACAUGAGUGCUAGUCCUAUGGGAGUAAAUGGAGGUGUAGGAGUUCAAACGCCGAGUCUUCUUUCUGACUCAAUGUUGCAUUCAGCUAUAAAUUCUCAAAACCCAAUGAUGAGUGAAAAUGCCAGUGUGGCCUCCCUGGGUCCUAUGCCAACAGCAGCUCAACCAUCCACAACUGGAAUUCGAAAACAGUGGCAUGAAGAUAUUACUCAGGAUCUUCGAAAUCAUCUUGUUCACAAACUGUUUCUCUUUUUUACUCUAGAUGGUCCUCUGCCUGAUCCAGCUAUGAUCCGUGGCAGUGUGCCAAACCAGAUGAUCCCUCGGAUAACUCCACAGUCUGGUUUGAAUCAAUUUGGCCAGAUGAGCAUGGCCCAGCCCCCCAUUGUACCCCGGCAAACCCCUCCUCUUCAGCACCAUGGACAGUUGGCUCAGCCUGGAGCUCUCAACCCGCCUAUGGGCUAUGGGCCUCGUAUGCAGCAGCCUUCCAGCCAGAGCCAGUUCCUUCCUCAGACUCAGUUCCCAUCACAGGGAAUGAAUGUAACAAAUAUGCCUUUGGCUCCGUCCAGCGGUCAAGCUCCAGUGUCUCAAGCACAAAUGUCUAGUUCUUCCUGCCCAGUGAACUCUCCUAUAAUGCCUCCAGGGUCUCAGGGGAGCCACAUUCACUGUCCCCAGCUUCCUCAACCAGCUCUGCAUCAGAAUUCCCCCUCGCCUGUACCUAGUCGUACCCCUACCCCCCACCAUACUCCCCCAAGCAUAGGGGCGCAGCAGCCACCAGCAACAGCAAUUCCAGCGCCUGUUCCCACGCCUCCUGCCAUGCCAUCUGGGCCACAGUCCCAGGCUUUACAUCCCCCUCCAAGGCAGACACCUACACCACCAACAACACAACUUACCCCACAAGUGCAGUCUUCACUUCCUGCUGCUCCUUCAGCUGACCAGUCCCAGCAGCAGCCUCGCUCACAGCAGAGCACAGCAGCCUCUGUUCCCACCCCAACAGCACCGCUGCUUCCUCCACAGCCUGCAACUCCACUUUCCCAGCCAGCUGUAAGUAUUGAAGGACAGGUAUCAAACCCUCCAUCUACUAGUAGCACAGAAGUGAAUUCUCAGACCAUUCCUGAGAAGCAACCUUCCCAGGAAAUGAAAAUGGAGGCUAAAAUGGAGGUGGAUCAACCAGAACCAGCAGAUACUCAGCCGGAGGAUAUUACGGAGUCUAAAGUAGAUGACUGUAAAGUGGAACCUACAGAAACAGAAGAGAGAGGCACUGAAUCAAAAACUGAAAUAAAAGAGGAGGAAGACCAGUCAAGUACUUCAGCUACCCAGUCAUCUCCAGCUCCGGGACAGUCAAAGAAAAAGAUUUUCAAACCAGAAGAACUACGACAGGCACUGAUGCCAACAUUGGAGGCACUUUACCGUCAGGAUCCAGAAUCCCUUCCUUUUCGUCAACCUGUGGACCCUCAGCUUUUAGGAAUCCCUGAUUACUUUGAUAUUGUGAAGAGCCCUAUGGAUCUUUCUACAAUUAAGAGGAAGUUAGACACUGGACAGUAUCAGGAGCCCUGGCAAUAUGUUGAUGAUAUUUGGCUUAUGUUCAAUAAUGCCUGGUUAUACAACCGGAAAACAUCACGGGUAUACAAAUACUGCUCCAAACUAUCUGAGGUCUUUGAACAGGAAAUUGACCCAGUGAUGCAAAGCCUUGGAUACUGUUGUGGCAGAAAGUUGGAGUUCUCUCCACAGACACUGUGUUGCUACGGCAAACAGUUAUGCACAAUACCUCGUGAUGCCACUUACUACAGCUACCAGAACAGGUAUCAUUUCUGUGAGAAGUGUUUCAAUGAAAUCCAAGGGGAGAGCGUUUCUUUGGGGGAUGACCCUUCCCAGCCUCAAACUACAAUAAAUAAAGAACAAUUUUCCAAGAGAAAAAAUGACACACUGGAUCCUGAACUGUUUGUUGAAUGUACAGAGUGCGGAAGAAAGAUGCAUCAAAUCUGUGUCCUUCACCAUGAGAUCAUCUGGCCCGCUGGAUUCGUCUGUGAUGGCUGUUUAAAGAAAAGUGCACGAACUAGGAAAGAAAAUAAGUUUUCUGCUAAAAGGUUGCCAUCUACCAGACUUGGUACCUUUCUAGAGAAUCGUGUGAAUGACUUUCUGAGGCGACAGAAUCACCCCGAGUCAGGAGAGGUCACUGUUAGAGUAGUUCAUGCUUCUGACAAAACCGUGGAAGUAAAACCAGGCAUGAAAGCAAGGUUUGUGGACAGUGGAGAGAUGGCAGAAUCCUUUCCGUACCGAACCAAAGCCCUCUUUGCCUUUGAAGAAAUUGAUGGUGUUGACCUGUGCUUCUUUGGCAUGCAUGUUCAAGAGUAUGGCUCUGACUGCCCUCCACCCAACCAGAGGAGAGUAUACAUAUCUUACCUCGAUAGUGUUCAUUUCUUCCGUCCUAAAUGCCUGAGGACUGCAGUCUAUCAUGAAAUCCUAAUUGGAUAUUUAGAAUAUGUCAAGAAAUUAGGUUAUACAACAGGGCAUAUUUGGGCAUGUCCACCAAGUGAGGGAGAUGAUUAUAUCUUCCAUUGCCAUCCUCCUGACCAGAAGAUACCCAAGCCCAAGCGACUGCAGGAAUGGUACAAAAAAAUGCUUGACAAGGCUGUGUCAGAGCGUAUUGUCCAUGACUACAAGGAUAUUUUUAAACAAGCUACUGAAGAUAGAUUAACAAGUGCAAAGGAAUUGCCUUACUUCGAGGGUGAUUUCUGGCCUAAUGUUCUGGAAGAAAGCAUUAAGGAACUGGAACAAGAGGAGGAAGAGAGAAAACGAGAAGAAAACACCAGCAAUGAAAGCACAGAUGUGACCAAGGGAGACAGCAAAAAUGCUAAAAAGAAGAAUAAUAAGAAAACCAGCAAAAAUAAGAGCAGCUUGAGUAGGGGCAACAAGAAGAAACCUGGGAUGCCCAAUGUAUCUAACGACCUCUCACAGAAACUAUAUGCCACCAUGGAGAAGCAUAAAGAGGUCUUCUUUGUGAUCCGCCUCAUUGCUGGCCCUGCUGCCAACUCCCUGCCUCCCAUUGUUGACCCUGACCCUCUCAUCCCCUGCGAUCUGAUGGAUGGUCGGGAUGCGUUUCUCACGCUGGCAAGGGACAAGCACCUGGAGUUCUCUUCACUCCGAAGAGCCCAGUGGUCCACCAUGUGCAUGCUGGUGGAGCUGCACACGCAGAGCCAGGACCGCUUUGUCUACACCUGCAAUGAGUGCAAGCACCAUGUGGAGACACGCUGGCACUGCACUGUCUGUGAGGAUUAUGACUUGUGUAUCACCUGCUAUAACACUAAAAACCAUGACCAUAAAAUGGAGAAACUAGGUCUGGGCUUAGAUGAUGAAAGCAACAACCAGCAGGCUGCAGCCACCCAGAGCCCAGGCGAUUCUCGCCGCCUGAGUAUCCAGCGCUGCAUCCAGUCUCUGGUCCAUGCUUGCCAGUGUCGGAAUGCCAAUUGCUCCCUGCCCUCCUGCCAGAAGAUGAAGCGGGUUGUACAGCAUACUAAGGGUUGCAAACGGAAAACCAAUGGUGGAUGCCCCAUCUGCAAGCAGCUUAUUGCCCUCUGCUGCUACCAUGCCAAGCACUGCCAGGAGAACAAAUGCCCGGUGCCGUUCUGCCUAAAUAUCAAACAGAAGCUCCGGCAACAGCAGCUCCAGCACCGACUACAGCAGGCCCAAAUGCUUCGCAGGCGGAUGGCCAGCAUGCAGCGGACUGGUGUGGUGGGGCAGCAACAGGGCCUGCCUUCCCCCACUCCUGCCACUCCAACAACACCAACCGGCCAACAGCCAACCACCCCACAGACACCCCAGCCCACCUCUCAGCCUCAGCCUACCCCUCCCAAUAGCAUGCCACCCUACUUGCCCAGGACUCAAGCUGCUGGCCCAGUGUCCCAGGGUAAGGCAGCAGGCCAGGUGACCCCUCCAACCCCUCCUCAGACUGCUCAGCCACCCCUUCCAGGGCCCCCACCUGCAGCAGUGGAAAUGGCAAUGCAGAUUCAGAGAGCAGCAGAGACACAGCGCCAGAUGGCCCAUGUGCAAAUUUUUCAAAGGCCAAUCCAACACCAAAUGCCUCCAAUGGCUCCCAUGGCCCCCAUGGGUAUGAACCCACCUCCGAUGACCAGAGGUCCCAGUGGGCAUAUGGAGCCAGGGAUGGGACCAACAGGGAUGCAGCAACAGCCACCCUGGGCCCAAGGAGGAUUGCCUCAGCCCCAGCAACUACAGUCUGGGAUGCCAAGGCCAGCCAUGAUGUCAGUGGCCCAGCAUGGUCAACCCUUGAACAUGGCUCCACAACCAGGACUGGGCCAGGUAGGUGUGAGCCCACUCAAACCAGGCACUGUGUCUCAGCAAGCCUUACAAAACCUUCUGCGGACUCUCAGGUCUCCCAGCUCUCCUUUACAGCAGCAACAGGUGCUUAGUAUCCUUCACGCCAACCCCCAACUGUUGGCUGCAUUCAUCAAGCAGCGGGCUGCUAAGUAUGCCAACUCUAAUCCGCAAUCCCUCCCUGGGCAGCCUGGCAUGCCCCAGGGGCAGCCAGGACUACAGCCACCUACCAUGCCAGGGCAGCAGGGGGUCCACUCCAAUCCAGCCAUGCAGAACAUGAAUCCAAUGCAGGCAGGCAUUCAGAGGGCUGGCCUACCACAGCAGCAACCACAGCAGCAACUCCAGCCACCCAUGGGAGGGAUGAGCCCCCAGGCUCAGCAGAUGAACAUGAACCACAACACCAUGCCUUCACAGUUCCGAGACAUCUUGAGACGACAGCAGAUGAUGCAGCAACAGCAGCAACAGGGAGCAGGGCCAGGAAUAGGUCCUGGAAUGGCCAACCAUAAUCAGUUCCAGCAACCCCAAGGAGUUGGCUACCCACCGCAGCAGCAGCAGCAGCAGCAGCAGCAGCGGAUGCAGCAUCACAUGCAACAGAUGCAACAAGGAAAUAUGGGACAGAUGGGCCAGCUCCCCCAGGCCUUGGGAGCAGAGGCAGGUGCCAGUCUACAGGCCUAUCAGCAGCGACUCCUUCAGCAACAGAUGGGGUCCCCUGCUCAGCCCAACCCUAUGAGCCCCCAGCAGCAUAUGCUCCCAAAUCAGGCCCAGUCCCCACACCUACAAGGCCAGCAGAUCCCUAAUUCUCUCUCCAAUCAAGUGCGUUCUCCCCAGCCUGUCCCUUCUCCACGGCCACAGUCCCAGCCCCCCCACUCCAGCCCUUCCCCAAGGAUGCAGCCUCAGCCUUCUCCACACCACGUUUCCCCACAGACAAGUUCCCCACAUCCUGGAUUGGUAGCUGCCCAGGCCAACCCCAUGGAACAAGGGCAUUUUGCCAGCCCGGAGCAAAAUUCAGUGCUUUCUCAGCUGACUAGCAAUCCAGGCAUGGCAAACCUCCAUGGUGCAAGCGCCACGGACCUGGGACUCAGCACCGAUAACUCAGACUUGAAUUCAAACCUCUCACAGAGUACACUAGACAUACACUAGAGACACCUUGUAGUAUUUUGGGAGCAAAAAAAUUAUUUUCUCUUAACAAGACUUUUUGUACUGAAAACAAUUUUUUUGAAUCUUUCGUAGCCUAAAAGACAAUUUUCCUUGGAACACAUAAGAACUGUGCAGUAGCCGUUUGUGAUUUAAAGCAAACAUGCAAGAUGAACCUGAGGGAUGAUAGAAACAAAGAAUAUAUUUUUGUUAUGGCUGGUUACCACCAGCUUUUUUCCCCCUUGUGUGUGUGGUUCAAGUGUGCACUGGGAGGAGGCUGAGGCCUGUGAAGCCAAACAAUAUGCUCCUGCCUUGCACCUCCAAUAGGUUUUAUUAUUUUUUUUAAAUUAAUGAAAGUAUGUAAUAUUAAUAGUUAUUAUUUACUGGUGCAGAUGGUUGACAUUUUUCCCUAUUUUCCUCACUUUAUGGAAGAGUUAAAACAUUUCUAAAACCAGAGGACAAAAGGGGUUAAUGUUACUUUAAAAUUACAUUCUAUAUAUAUAUAUAAAUAUAUAUAAAUAUAUAUUAAAAUACCAAUUUUUUUUCUCUGGGUGCAAAGAUGUUCAUUCUUUUAAAAAUGUUAAAAGAAAAAAAAAAAAACUCCCUUUCUUCCCCUCAAGUCAACUUUUGUGCUCCAGAAAAUUUUCUAUUCUGUAAUAAGUCUGAGCGUAAAACUUCAAGUAUUAAAAUAAUUUGUACAUGUAGAGAGAAAAAUGACUUUUUCAAAAAUAUACAGGGGCAGCUGCCAAAUUGAUGUAUUAUAUAUUGUGGUUUCUGUUUCUUGAAAGAAUUUUUUUCGUUAUUUUUACAUCUAACAAAGGAAAAAAAUUAAAAAGAGGGUAAGAAACGAUUCCGGUGGGAUGAUUUUAACAUGCAAAAUGUCCCUGGGGGUUUCUUCUUUGCUUGCUUUCUUCCUCCUUACCCUACCCCCAACUCUCUCUCUCUCUCUCUCUCUCUCUCUCUCUCUCUCACAGACACACACACAUACUUUCUAUAAAACUUGAAAAUAGAGAGCAAAAACCCUCAACUGUUGUAAAUCAUGCAAUUAAAGUUGAUUACUUAUAAAUAUGAACUUUGGAUCACUGUAUAGACUGUUAAAUUUGAUUUCUUAUUACCUAUUGUUAAAUAAACUGUGUGAGACAGACA